UGCAUUAUAGCUGUCAUUGACUUCAAUUCCUUUGAUGGAAUUCAUGUCGUCGUCGUCUUCUUCUUCAUCCUUCUCAAAAUCCAAUCCUGGAAGGAUGUACGAUGUGUUCAUCAAUUUCAGGGGAGAAGACACCCGUAGGAAUUUCGUUUGUCAUCUCCAUUCCGUCCUCUCAAAUGCUGGGGUCAACACUUUCCUUGACGACGAGAAUCUUGUCAAGGGAAUGGAACUAAUACAACUAAUGCGGGCAAUAGAAGGGUCUCAGAUAUCUUUGGUUGUUUUCUCCAAGAACUAUACUCAAUCUACAUGGUGUCUUACUGAGCUUGAAAAUAUCAUCAAAUGCCACAGACUUCAUGGCCACGUAGUUGUGCCCAUAUUUUACCAUGUUUCCCCAUCCGAUGUACGUCGUCAGGAGGGUGAUUUUGGAAAAGCUCUGAAUGCAUCUGCAGAAAAAAUAUAUUCAGAAGAUAAGUAUGUGUUGUCCAGGUGGGGCAGCGCACUCACCACUGCUGCAAAUUUCUGUGGUUGGGAUGUGAUGAAACCCGGGAAUGAAGCUAAACUAGUGAAGGAAAUUGUUGAUGACGUUCUCAAAAAACUAAACGGAGAAGUGUUGUCUAUUCCCGAAUUUCCCGUCGGAUUGGAACCCCGUGGGCAAGAAGUGAUUGGUUUUAUAAAAAACCAGUCCACCAAAGUUUGUAUGAUAGGGAUAUGGGGAAUGGGAGGAUCUGGUAAAACUACCAUAGCCAAAUUCAUCUACAAUCAAAUUCAUAGUAGAUUCCCAGGUAAAAGUUUCAUUGAAAAUAUUAGAAAAGUUUGUGAAACAGAUGGUAGAGGGCAUGCUCAUUUACAAGAACAACUUCUUACUGAUGUCCUAAAAACAAAGGUGAAGAUACAUAGCGUUGGGAUGGGAACAAGUAUGAUCGAGAAAAGACUUUCAGGAAAAGAGGUACUCAUUGUACUUGAUGAUGUGAAUGAGUUUGACCAAUUAAAAGACCUGUGUGGAAAUCGAAAAUGGAUUGGUCUAGGAAGUGUAAUAAUCAUUACAACUAGAGAUAGGGGCUUACUGAACAUACUUAAUGUUGAUUAUGUUUAUAAAAUGGAGGAAAUGAAUGAAAAUGAGGCCCUUGAGCUUUUUAGUUGGCAUGCGUUUAGAAAAGCAGAACCAAGAGAAGAAUUCAACGAACUUGCAAGAAAUGUAGUUGCUUAUUGUGGAGGACUACCACUAGCUCUAGAAGUUCUUGGUUCUUAUUUAAUUGAGAGGACAGAGAAAGAGUGGAAAAAUUUAUUGUCAAAACUAGAAAUAAUUCCCAACAAUCAAGUUCAAAAGAAAUUAAGAAUAAGCUUUGACGGUUUACACGAUCAGAUGGAAAAGGAUAUAUUCCUUGAUGUUUGUUGUUUCUUUAUUGGUAAAGACAAAGCCUAUGUCACGGAGAUACUAAAUGGCUGUGGACUGCAUGCUGAUAUUGGAAUAACAGUUCUGAUAGAGCGUAGCCUCAUAAUAGUUGAAAAGAACAACAAACUUGGAAUGCAUCAGUUGGUAAGAGACAUGGGAAGGGAGAUAAUUCGUGAAAGUUUAACAAAGGAACCUGGGAAGCGCAGUCGAUUGUGGUUUCAUAAGGAUGUAAUUGAUGUAUUGACAAAGAAUACUGGGACAGAAGCUGUAGAGGGAUUGGCACUGAAAUUGCAUUUAACCAGCAGAGAUUGCUUCAAAGCUGAUGCUUUUGAGGAAAUGAAGAGAUUGAGAUUGUUGAAACUUGAUCACGCACAAGUCACUGGAGAUUAUGGGAAUUUUUCUAAGCAACUGAGAUGGAUCAAUUGGCAAGGAUUUCCUUUAAAGUACAUACCUAAAACCUUUUAUCUGGAAGGUGUAAUUGCGAUUGAUUUAAAACACAGUAAUCUUAGGCUAUUUUGGAAAGAAUCCCAGGUUUUGGGGCAGCUAAAAAUGCUCAAUCUCAGUCAUUCCAAGUACUUGACAGAAACCCCUGACUUUUCAAAACUACCAAAACUUGAAAAUCUCAUUCUCAAAGAUUGCCCACGUCUGUGCAAGGUACACAAGUCCAUUGGAGAUCUCCACAAUCUUCUUCUGAUAAAUUGGACGGACUGUACAAGUCUUGGCAAUCUGCCAAGGAGAGCUUAUGAAUUAAAAUCUGUGAAAACUCUCAUCCUUUCUGGUUGUUUGAAGAUUGACAAGUUGGAAGAAAACAUAAUGCAGAUGGAAUCCUUGACAACUCUAAUUGCAGAAAAUACUGCCGUGAAAAAAGUACCCUUUUCGGUAGUAAGAUCCAAAAGUAUUGGAUAUAUAUCCGUAGGUGGAUUUAAAGGAUUAGCACAUGAUGUUUUUCCUUCUAUCAUUUUGUCUUGGAUGUCACCAACAAUGAAUCCCCUAUCUCGUAUUCCUCCGUUUUUGGGCAUAUCAUCGUCUAUAGUUCGCAUGGAUAUGCAGAAUAGUAACUUGGGUGAUCUAGCACCAAUGUUUAGCAGCCUUUCAAAUCUUCGAAGUGUUUUGGUGCAAUGUGACACAGAGUCUCAACUAUCUAAACAAUUAAGAACAAUUCUGGAUGACUUACAUUGUGUAAAUUUUACUGAAUUAAAAAUAACAUCAUAUACAUCACAAAUUUCAAAGCAAUCCUUGGAGUCUUAUUUGAUUGGCAUUGGAAGUUUCGAAGAAGUCAUCAAUACUCUCUGCAAGAGCAUAUCUGAGGGAUUGGCAACCAGUGAGGGUUGUGAUGUUUUUCUCCCAGGUGACAACUAUCCUUAUUGGUUGGCCCGUACAGGUAAGGGACAUUCAGUGUAUUUCAUUGUGCCGGAGGAUUGUCGCAUGAAGGGAAUGGCUUUGUGUGUCGUUUAUGUAUCAGCCCCUGAAAGCACAGCAACUGAAUGUCUUAUUAGUGUCUUAAUGGUUAAUUACACAAAGUGCACCUUGCAGAUAUACAAGCGAGACACAGUAAUUUCCUUUAAUGAUGUGGAUUGGCAAGGCAUAAUAUCUCAUUUGGGAUCUGGAGAUAAGGUGGAGAUUUUUGUUACUUUUGGGCAUGGAUUGGUGAUCAAGAAGACAGCUGUCUAUCUAAUGUAUGAUGAAUCAAUUGACACAGACAUGGAGCCUACUCCCGAGCCAAAGAAAAAUUCCUUUGUAAGAUUCAUAAAGAAAAUUGUAAUGAGUAAGAUUCAAGAGGAGUAAAGGUUUCAACCAAUUUUUAUUGAACAUGCUAAAGUCAGUCUAGGAUUCCCAUACGUACUUUUUCUUGGAGAGAGAAGAGAAUAACCUAUGUUACGCUGAUGCAAAGGAGAAUUUCAUUAAUAAAGUUCAUAAAAUUUUGUUUAGAAAUCAUUUCCCAUCGUGAUAGGUCUCAUUAUUGCUAGACAAGGUGUGAUGCAAUAGAAU